UAAAAUUUGUUUAAAAAAUUAGCUAGCACUAAGUAUAAUGUUAAUUUCAAAUCCAGACUUAAUAAAUAGUUGCCGGGUGUGCCGUAGCCCUAAUCAGGAUGGUGAUUAUGAAUGUUUGUAUCAAACGCCCACAGCACACGAGGAGAGACCCAUGCUGAGUGAGGCUGGAAUUUUAUAUGAAAACCUAUUUGAUAUUUCUGUCAAUAUCGGAGAGUAUUAUCCACAAUUUUUGUGCAAUAGUUGUGAUUUACAGAUGAAACUUUUCAAGAAACUCAAAGAUAAAGCCUAUAAAACUUUGAAAUACUUGCAAAAUUUGUAUGAAGAGCAAAUAAGCAAUGCUAAAGAGGAUGACGAACAGGAGGAACUGCAAACAGAGGCAGCCUAUGAACAAGAGGCUUUGCAAAACUGUGAAGAUAAUGAAACAGAUGUUUUGGAAACAUUAGAGGAAUAUGAUAGCUUAGAAAAUCGUUACCAGGAAAGUGAGGCUAGUGAAUAUCAGCAAAAUGCCACUAGUGAGUAUCAGGAAAAAUUAGCCAAUGAAUAUCAAGAAGAGACAGCUGAAGUGUACCAUGAAAGUCAAACCAAUGAAUACCAAGAGAGCUUAAAAACUGAAUUAGUUAAUGAAUAUCUAGAAGAGACAGCUGAAGUGUACCAUGAAAGUCAAACCAAUGAAUACCAAGAGAGCUUAAAAACUGAAUACCCAGCGAAUGCAUCUGAUGAGUACCUAGAAAUGAAAUUAACUACGUUGAACAGCCUCAGGGAUGAACAAAUACAACAAGAAUCCCUAUAUACACAAGGGAAUAGCCACACGGAAGAACAAAUACAACAAGAAACCCUUUACACACAAGAGGAUCCGAAUCAUACCAUAGCCACUGCUGUAGGGGAUUCUCAAGAAUCAGCUAUAAAUAUUGUGUCACGGAGAAACCAAUUUAAAGUAGAAAUUAACCCCACCAUUACCGACUUGAAAUAUCGGUUUUCAACCGAAGAAAAUACUGAAAAUAGCAAUGAGAAUAUACCACAAAUCAGAUUAGAUUUGGAACCAGUAAUCGAUAAAAGCGAUUAUGUUACAGAAAUCUACGAGCUGCUAGAGGAUGAAAACAAAGUCGAAAAUUAUAUGGAACACAAUGAAAACGUUGUAGAAUAUGAUAUAUAUACGGAAGAAAAUACACAUUCCAGCAGUACAGAAUACAGUGAUAUAGAAUAUGUAAUCGAAGAGGAAAUGUGUGACAUGCAGGAUGAGGAAAAUAAGGUUGAAGUGAAAAAAUCAAAUCCAGUGAAAAGAAGAAGGCCAAAUAAUGUCAGUAAAAGAAGAAAAAUUGGUGGUGCGACCAAGAGAAGAGAGUAUAAAUGUGAGCCAUGUCAGCUGGAGUUUGAAAACUUACAGGAGCAGAAAUUACAUAGAACUGAGGUACACGACGAAAAAUAUCCCUGUAGUGUAUGCCCCAAAGAACUGAAAUCUCUGCCCGCUUUACACCAGCACAUGAAACUGCACAAUGAACAACCAGCAUUUCAAUGUGAAAUCUGCCAGAAAACCUUCAAUCAAAAGGCCCACUAUCAAUAUCACAUGAAUGUUCACAACAAUGUGCGCAAUUUCAAAUGCAGCGAAUGCGAAAAAUCCUUCAUUACCAAGACCGAUUUGAAAGUGCAUAUGCGUUCUCACAACGGACAUCGACCAUAUGUUUGCAAUAUCUGUGGCAAAGACUAUUUGAUGAUGGAACAUUUGAAAACCCAUCUACUAACACACACAGAUCAAUAUUUUCAAUGUGAUAUUUGCAAUCAUAAGUUCUCCACACACAAAACUUUAAGGUUGCAUGUGAAAUCCAUACACGUAGAUGAGCCGAGAUUUAAGUGUACGUUUUGUUCGAAACCCUUUCGCAGAAAACAUCAUUUGGAGUAUCACAUGAAACUUCAUCAAAAGAAUGUUACAUUUCUAGACAGUCGCUAUGAGAUGAUUGACGAUCCGGAUGCGUGUGUUAUUUCUGAGACUGGCUACAAUUCUGAUGAUAUUGUUGAUCAGGAAUUGGUGGAUGAUCCUGGUUUUAUAGCUUUAUAAAAAUAAAUAAAUUGU